AUGAAGGGACUAUGGUCCAGAAGGAACAACACCUACCAUGGUAAGGAGUUCCAACAUCCAACGGCUCUUCAUCAACAGGCCAAGACAGAUCUUGCAGUCUACCAGGAAGCUAUUACAGAGGAUAGAGCAGUUAAGUUUAAUGCUUGUGCAGGGGUGCCAAAAUGGAAAAAACCUGAGGUGGGUUCCUUAAAGGUGAACUGGGAUGCAGCUGUCAACUUAGAGGAAGGGAGAAUUGGAAUUGGAGUGCUCAUUAGAGAUCAUGAUGGACUGGUCAUGGGAAGCUUACGGGCAAGCAGAAACCUGAAAGGGACCCCUUUUGAUGCGGAAGCUUAUGGCCUACUUCUAGCAGUUGUUUUCUGCAAAGAAAUUGGACUAACACAUGUCUGUCUAGAAGGGGACUCUAAGCAAGUGGUGGAUUUAUUGCAAAACUGCGCCAGAAACUGGAGUUUGGGAGGCUGUCUUGUGGAAGAUGCACGGGAGAUACUCAACUCGUAUGCAGUAUGGUCUGUGACUCAUGUAUAUCGAGAGGCCAAUAUGGCAUCACAUCUCCUAGCCAACAAUGCACUGGAAGCCACAGAGGAUACCUAUGACCUUGAAACUUGUCCUUCAUGUAUCUUUCCUAUAGUCUCUAAGGAAAUGUUGUAA